CCGGAUAUGUUGUGUAGUCGUACAGGCCGUUUGCUGCUGAGGAAAACGUGUGAACGUUUGUGAAAAAUACUCUUGUUUAAUCGGCGGUAAAGUCGUAGGAUUUGAUUUAUUUGUUUCUCCUGAUAAAUUACUCGUUUUUUAAUUACAUAAUAAACAGAAACCAACAUAAUUUCUCGGGAUAAUCUCCCGAAGAAACCAUGAAGAAGAAACUCAAGAAGAGUGUCGAGGCGUUGUCGGGGCAGCUGGCAGCUGACUACGAGGUGGGUCAGGUGUCAGGCAGUUUGUUCAAGAAGAAAUCUGCAGCCUCCGGAUCGCUGUCGACUUUAUUCAGCACCGCUGCACCGACGGGGGCGGUUCUGUUCCAGCCUCCACCGAAGCCUGUUCAGAAGAGCACAGAAGCAAAGGAGCGACAGAAGGAAACUCCAGAGGUCAAAGUUCAGUCCAGUCAGACGCUACCUAAGCAGAAAUCAGAUGCCGACCAGCAGCUGGAAAACAGGGAGAUCAGCUUACAGAACGCAGACGAGGACGAGCGAGGGAAGGCGGCCUCCGCUAGAGGGAAGAAGAGGAAAGUGCCGGAGGCGGAGGAGGAGGAGGCGGAGGCGGGGAACAGUACGGAGCACUGGGUGCUGAAGAGGCAGAAGCUGAAAGCCCAGAAAGAGGAGGAGGCCAUAAAGAACAAGAGGACGGUGUUUGUUGGCAACCUUCCCCCGAGCUGCACCAAGAAGAUGCUGUGCGCCCUCUUCAAAGAUUAUGGAUCCAUCGACUCCAUCCGCUUUCGCUCUGUGGCCAGAGAGGAUCCCGGCAUGUCCCGCAAAGUAGCCGUGAUCCAACGCAAAGUCCAUCCCCAGAAGACCAGCGUGAACGCCUACGUGGUGUUCUCCAGCGAGGACGCGGUCGCCCUCGCGCUGGAGAGGAACGGCCUGGAGAUCCAGAAGGACUUUCACAUCCGAGUGGACAAGGUGGCGGACGGAUCCAGGUACGACAACAAGCGCUCCGUGUUUGUGGGGAAUCUGUCAUUCGAGAUGAACGAACUGGCCAUCCGGCAGCACUUUGAGGACUGUGGCAAAGUGGAGGCCGUACGACUGGUGCGGGACCAGGACUCUGGAUUCGGGAAAGGAUUCGGCUACGUCCUGUUUGAGAGCUCCGACUCCGUGCAGCUGGCGCUGGAACUGGACGGCACAAAACUGGACGGCAGACCCCUCCGGGUGAGGAGGGCGGAGAAACAGACGAAUAAAGGUGGCGGCAGGAGGAGGACCGGCAAGGGCCCCGUGAAGGGCCCCGUGAAGGGCCCCGUGAAGGGCCCCGUGAAGAGCCCCGUGUCCCGUCAGGAGAGAGCAGGCCGGAAGAAUUUCACCGGAAACCAGCAGAAUCCGACCAAGAGCUCCACCUCGUUCAGAGGAGAGAUGGUGGAUCCGAACAAAAAGAGCCAAAAGAAAGUACUGAAGAAGAAGAAGAGGCCGAAGCCCAAAAAGAGAGUUCAUAUCUGAUAUGCGAUCUACGUCUCGUAGAAACGAAAAGGUGUGAGGACGAAUGAAAAGUCAAAGGAUGAACCAAAAGGAAUGAAUGACCAUCGUUGAUGUGGAUUCGUGCCACGUGCGCAUUUGGAGAGGUUACGUCCGCACAACUAACGACACAAUCCAGAGGACAGACGAGUCAUUUCAGCUCUGGAUGUUUUUCUGAUUGACUCACAUUUAAUUGUUCACUUGACGUAUGAAUUUUGUGUCGACCUUCGGAUACAAAAAAAUAACAUAAGUCGCUGCUUAACAAAGUGACCUGACUGCUUCUCAUGCUAAGCUAAGCUAACCGCAUUCUGCCUCUUAGCUUCAUAUUUAACAAGGAUUUGCUAGUUAUUGAUCUUCUCUUCUGUAACUUUCUGUGAGAAAAUCAAUAAACACGUUUCUUUAUA